AUGUCUCCCUUUGACCACAAACGCACCAACUAUCGGAAGAUCCCCUGGGGCCUUCAUGGUAGACGAAUAUCUGACUCAAUCCAAGAUUGGACCUUUGACACGGGUAUUGAGAUGCAGGACAUUCCUCUGUCUUCCCCAGAGAUCUCUGGCAAACAGAAAUCUUCCAGUUCAUCGAUAUCUGAUCCUCAGUUCGAUACUCUGAUGGCAGAGUGCGCAACAGUGCGAGACAGAAUGGAGAAGAUUGAAGACAAGAUCGCCGAGCUUUAUUACGCUCGCCAGAAAAACGGUGAUAUUGUUUCAUCUGCAUCUUCUGAUGCUAACACCUCUGCAAGCCAGAAACGCUCUACCGACAAAGGUAACCUUACUGUUGGAACACAACAAAAGUCCCCCUCGACAGAAUUCUAUGACUGCGAGGACUACUCACAUUUUGAGCAAGUUGAAGAAAGGGUCGAGAACCGCAAGGUCAAGAAGCCCAAGACAGAGGAGGAGAAGAACCGUCACAUAAACAUGGUUUUCAUACGAGAGAACCUGUAA